AUGGGCAACCUGGGCCCUGUUGGGCAGCAGUUGGAGGCCUGUAGAGAUACCAUAGAGCCUCUGAAACGUUGUUCUCUUUCUGUUUUAGGUUAUGGUCAGAAUGGUCCAAUGGUUCAGAGAAGUGGAUAUGACUCCGUUGCAGCUGCUGUUUCUGGUCUCAUGCAUAUCACAGGGCAUGAGGAUGGUGAGCCAGUUAGACCAGGAGUGGCCAUGACAGAUCUUGCUACUGGGUUGUACGCAUAUGGAGCAAUUAUGGCUGCUUUACUUCAGAGGUAUAAGACGGGGAAAGGACUUCACAUUGAUUGCAAUCUUUUGUCGUCUCAGGUUGCAUGUCUCACUCACGUAGCAGCUAAUUACCUUAAUUGCAAAAUUGAAGGAAAACGCUGGGGUACUGCUCAUGGGAACAUUGUUCCAUAUCAGGCUUUUAAGACCAAGGAUGGCUACAUUGUGAUGGGAGCUGGAAAUGAUCAGCAGUUUGUCACUGUGUGCAAGAUCCUGAAUUUGCCUGAAGUGAGUAAGGAUUCCAGAUACAAAACUAAUACUCUCAGAGUCCAGAACAGAAAAGAACUUAUUAACAUAUUGUCAGCCCGGUUUGCCGAAAAAGCAACCAUCGAAUGGCUGCAGCUCUUUGAAGGUAGUGGAGUUCCAUAUGGCCCAAUCCACAAUAUGCAGCAGGUAUUCUCGGAUCCUCAG